AUGGAAACUAAUGGUAAAACUGCAUGCAUUUUUGGUGCCAAUGGUGUAUCUGGUACAGCUAUGAUUGAAGCAUUAUUAAAAGAACCAGUUAGUGAAUGGAAAUCGAUCAUAGCCCUUUCACGUCGUCCAUUACAAGGAACGGAUUUUCACAACGACAAUCCAUUACAUUCUCUAUCCGCUGAUCUGCUAGAAACUGACGUAGAUACACUUAGUGAUCAGUUGAGGAAAGUUAAUGGUCAUGAAAUAACACACGUUUAUUUUUAUGCUUACAUCGAAAAGCAAGAUGAAACAGAAUUGGUUAAUGUUAAUCGGGAAUUAUUAAAACGAGCGUUAGAUGUAAUAGUAAAAACUGUUCAGGCAGAAAAAAACCAGGGCAACUUUCAAUCCUUUGCUUUACAAACUGGCUACAAAAUCAAAGAGCAACUAAGAUCGGAUCGCAUCGGGUCAAAAGCAUCUGGAAUUGCUGGGCGGAUCCCAAAAUAA